UCUCUCUCUCACUCUCUCUCUCUCCAAAACUAACCUGCCAAAAUGUCCCCGGACUACUCCUCCUUCUUCAUCCCCCACACCUACUCCUCCUCCUCCGUCCUCACCAUCCCUCUCUUCCUCUGCACUCUCAUCUUCUUCACCACUCUCUCCCUAUGCCUUUUCCCCGGCGGCCUCGCCUGGGCCCUCUCCAAGCCUCGCCCCGGCCAAGCCCACCCCAUCCCUGGUCCGUCCGGCUUCCCCUUCCUUGGCCUAGUCUUCGCCUUCACCUCCUCCUUGACCCACAGAGUCCUCUCCAACCUCUCUCGCAAGCUCAGCGCCAUCCAGCUGAUGGCCUUCUCCAUCGGCUUCACUCGCUUCAUCAUCUCGAGCGACCCCGACACGGCCAAGGACAUCCUCAAUAGCUCGGCCUUCGCCAACCGGCCCGUCAAGGAGUCGGCCUACGAGCUCCUAUUCCACCGCGCCAUGGGGUUCGCUCCCUACGGCGAGUACUGGAGGAACCUGCGGAGGAUUUCGGCCACCCAUCUCUUCAGCCCGAGACGCAUCGCUCAUUUCGGGCGGUUUCGGGAGAACAUUGGGUCCUGCAUGAUUAAAGAAAUAGAAUCUCUGAUGUCCGGAAGCGGCGUCGUGGAGGUCAAGAGGGUUUUGCAUUUCGGGUCCCUGAACAAUGUCAUGAUGAGUGUUUUCGGAAAAUGUUACGAUUUUAGUGAGAAAAUGGGCGAUGGGUUCGAGCUAGAAGGGCUGGUUAGUGAAGGGUAUGAGUUGCUGGGGACAUUUAACUGGAGCGACCAUUUUCCGGUUCUGGGCUGGCUGGAUUUGCAAGGGGUGAGGAAGAGGUGCAGGGAUCUGGUCGGUAGAGUGAAUGUGUUUGUUGGUAAGAUCAUUGAGGAGCACAGGGCGGAGAGGGCUGAGAACAGCGGGGGUUUGGGCGAGGACUGUGCUGGGGAUUUUGUGGAUGUUUUGCUUGAUUUGGAAAAUGAGAACAGGCUCAGUGACUCUGACAUGGUUGCUGUUCUUUGGGAAAUGAUCUUCAGGGGGACUGAUACAGUGGCAAUUUUGUUGGAAUGGAUACUUGCAAGAAUGGUUUUGCACCCAGAUAUUCAAGCCAAAGCCCAAUCUGAAAUAGAAUCCGUCGUUGGAAAAACCCGACUUGUGUCCGAUUCCGACCUCCCAAAUCUCCCUUACCUCCUUGCCAUUGUCAAAGAAACCCUCCGAAUGCACCCGCCGGGCCCGCUCCUCUCUUGGGCUCGCCUCGCCAUCCACGACACCAAAAUCGGCGAUCACUUCGUCCCGGCUGGCACCACAGCAAUGGUGAACAUGUGGGCCAUAACCCACGACGAGCGGGUCUGGUCCGAACCAAACGAGUUCAAACCGGAACGCUUCAUGGGGGAGGACGUGGCGAUCAUGGGAUCGGAUCUCAGGCUGGCUCCAUUCGGAUCCGGGAGGAGGGUUUGCCCCGGCAAAGCCAUGGGGUUGGCGACGGUUCAUCUGUGGCUGGCUCAGUUGCUUCAGAGCUUCGAGUGGGUGGCUGCCGAUGGUGGUGGUGGUGUGGACUUGUCUGAGGUGCUGAACCUCUCUAUGGAAAUGAAAAACCCCUUGGUUUGCAAGGCUGUUGCUAGGGCUUUUUGAAGAAAAUGUUCGGGUGGUGCAGGCGGAUUGGUUUAGAUCUCAUCCAAGAUUUUGCAAAAAACCUUUUAUAAAUGGAGAGAUCGAUCAUUUUAUAAGUUUUACUACAUGUCUAGGAAGCUAAGGAGGGAUGGGUUCUUUCUUUAGUCUGAUGAAUAUUGUAUCAAUCAGUUUUUGUUGGACUAAAUGAAAUAUAUCCAAAGCAAUAUCAGUAUGCAGGUUUAUUA